ACCAAACACCAUAGUCGGAGAGAGGAAACCACAACACUGCCACUUUCACAGAGGAAGGAGGGUUCAUGUAAUGUGACCAUGAGGUGAUCUACAGUGAGCCAGUGUUAGGAUGGAGGAAACAGCUCUACUGCGGUGGAUCGUUCUGACCUCUCUGCUCUGCCGCUCAACAAACCAACUUCGUCUGACUGUGAGUCCCAGCAGCUCUCAGCUGUUUAAAGGACAGUCUGUCUCUCUGAGCUGCGAGGAGGACGAAGGCUCCACCGGAUGGACGCUGAGGAGGAACACGACCAGAGAAACCAGAGCUCGGUGUGGAGCCGAGUGGGGAACACCGGUCGGUUCUUCCUGUAAGAUCAACUACGUCCUUGUGUGGCACAGCGGAGUCUACUGGUGUGAGUCCAGAGAGGGAGCAACCAGUAACACCAUCAACAUCACAGUCACUGGUGGAUCGGUGAUCCUGCAGAGUCCCGUCCCCCCCACAGUGAUGGAGGGAGACGAUUUCACUCUGCGCUGUCAAACAAAGAAGACCUCUGACCUCCCGGCUCGUUUCUACAAAGAUGGCGCCAUCAUCCGAGCCGAGCCUACGGGUCAGGUGACCAUCCGCCACGUUUCCCGGUCUGACGAAGGCCUCUACAAGUGUCACAUCGAUGGUCACGGAGAGUCUCCGCCCAGCUGGAUCGCUGUCAAAGGUAAAUCCUCAACCACAGCCCCGCCCACCAAUGUAGCCUCGCCCAUAAACGUAGCCACGCCCCCGGCCUCAGACCCUCGCCAGCUUGUGUUCACGUUGCUCUGCCACCUUGUGGUGUUCUGUCCAUACUGCAUCUCCACCGUCCUCAUGGUGUCUUUAUAUCGACAGAGGCCCACAGGAAAUCACCUCCCCGUCUUCGCUGCGAUGGCCCCGCCCACCCGGGCUGCGACGGGAUUGGAUGACGACUGUGACGAGGUCAUCGCUGCUGUCACCACCGAGCAUCACUUCUGAACGGAUCCGACGUUUGUUCUCGUUCUUGAAUUGAGCCUAAAAUGUUAGAAUCAUCCGCAAAAUAAAACUUCAAAGACGGGCAGAGGACCCGAAACGCUUCCCUGUGGAACUCCACACGGUCGAUGAAAGCUCUCAGGAUCUUCAGCAGCAGCAACAGUCUCAGUUUAAGCUCCUCGAAACUUAUAAUGUAGGACUCAUCACACCUGUAUGAGCUUGUUGUUGAGCAUUAAUAUGGAGUAUGACCCCCCCCCCCCCAACCUGUGUGGAUAUAACAGCCGCAGACCAUCCUGGAACGAGUAUAGGCGAGGUCGGACUCACCCUAACCCUCAACCCUGUUUGAGGUUAUUCGACACCAAACGCAUCAAACCUCAUCAUACUGUGAGAGAUCUUUAACGAUGUAUAUAGUUUCAGAAUUACAACAACAUAAAGUUUCUGUUUCCUUUCUGUCUGUCGGUUGGUGGAAAGGAAGAAUUCGAAACCACAAAGAAGCAAAGCAGGUGAAGAAACCAGCGACCCGCCUCAGUACUGUGGACGACAAACAUCGUCCAAUCACCAGAGGGGGUAAAAACAAAUACAGCUGAGGUGUCUAAGCCCCCCUUUAGCCCCCUCGUGGUGCCGGGCCUGCCCCCAAACUGGAAGCCCAAACCCUGAAAAACAGCCUCAGAUCUCCUCCACCAAACUGCACAGGAGACACUAUACGAUCCAGUUCGGGACCCUGUUUGUUUUCUAUAGUUUAUUAAACUGUUGACUCCUGAAUAUGUGACAUACAUUAUGGAUAUUAACAGAACAGCUGAUGCACAAUAACUGCAGGACGCUUGUGUAAAAUGAGCGGUUUGGAUUAAUUUGGAGCACAUUAUUUACUGCAAAUGUGACAUUAAAGGUGAGCUUUCUGAUGGUUUUAUGAACUUUUUUUUUUUACAAUUCUGUCUGUAUUGUGUAUUUAUGUUUUAAACAAUUAUACAGUCUAUCUAA